ACAAAAUACUUGAGGUUAGCAAAAUCACCUUCUGGAGUAAGUAAUUGUUGGAAGGAGAAAAAAUGGCUCUGACAAUGUUUCCUACACUGGAGUGGUUCCCUGCUCAGAACUUCUCCUUUGCCCUGUCCUUAUGACCGUCCUCACUGAACGAGGAGCCGACCUGGGGGAGUCGUUUGAAGGUGAAUUGAUUUGUUCCUGUCUGUGUGUCCCUAAGGUCAUUAUUUCAGUCAGCCAGCUGAUAGCAGAUGUUGUGGGCAUCGGGGGAACCAGAUUCCAGCAGUCCUUGUCUAUCAUCAACAACUGUGCUAACAGUGACAGGCUCAUCAAGCACACCACCUUCUCCUCGGACGUGAAGGACCUGACCAAAAGGAUCCGCACAGUUCUCAUGGCCACCGCCCAGAUGAAGGAGCACGAGAACGACCCAGAGAUGCUGGUGGACCUCCAGUACAGUCUGGCCAAGUCCUACGCCAGCACCCCUGAGCUCAGGAAGACGUGGCUGGACAGCAUGGCCCGGAUCCAUGUCAAAAAUGGGGAUCUGUCUGAGGUAGCCACACAAGCCUCUCAACACAGUUUUUGGGAAAAUUGUGCCCCUCUCACUAAAAGAAGCCAAUUAAAACUAUGUGAUACUUUAAACAGUAUUAGGCUCAGGGUUACUUCACAGUCAUGGAAGCAUUCUAAUAAUUUACAGCAUCUUAAGGGGAUUGUCCUUUCAUAGAAGAGCAUUAUUCAAAAAUU